GAAGGAAGAGAAUGAAAAAAAACAGAAGUCGAAGCAUCAUAUCAUAACUCAUUGCUAUCUUACAGUAAUCUUAUCGGCAUCAUUUUCUUAAGUAAGUAAGUAAGUUAAGUAAGGUUUCCAAGGCGCUAAAGAUCUAAGUAAGUAGGUUAAUGGGCUUGCUAAUGGCACUCUGCUGUGAUCUUGGCGAUGUGUGGCACUGCGUCCUUGAUUGUGGCACUGCUCUCUCUCUCUCUCUCUCUCUCUCUCUCUCUCUCUCUCUCUCUCUCUCUCUCUCUCUCUCUCUCUCUCUCUCUCUCGUCUGUGCCAAAUAUGCGAGGGAGGCGUAACACAUGCAAGUUAAUGUUCUGUGUCACGAAGGCUUAUUGAAGUGCCAACUCUGUGUCUUCCGGCGUCUGUCUCUGUCUGUCUGUCUAUCUGGCUGGCUGGCUGGCUUCUGUUGUCCAUUUGUAUCCGUCUGUCUGUCUGUCUCGGUUUGUCUCGCUUUCUUCGUUCCUUGGUUUGGUCUCGUCUGUCUCUAUCUCUCUGUAGGAGUCUGUAGGUCUGUAUGUGUUUUAUUCGUCUGUUAUUUCUUUGUUUGUUUUUUGUAAUUCAUCUCUUGUCUUUCUUUCCGCGUCCUUCUCUGUCUGUUUGUCUGUGUAGGUGUUUGUCCAUCCGUCUCUGUCUCUAUCUCUGUCUGUCAUGUCUCCUUUUAGCCAUUUUUAGCAUACGUGUGUCUGUCCGUCUCUUUGUCUAUCUGUCUGUCUGUUCGUCAAAUCUACAUGCGUGUCCGUCUGUCCGCCUCUACCUCUGCCUGUCUGCUACUGUGUCUCAAGAUCACGUGGCCAGAUUGGGGUAAGGAAUAACCUGCUAUCACAAGGGGCUGAGGGACACAGGACAGGGCAGGGAGUCAGGGACUGCUUCAGGAGGGAAAGGAAAACGUGGGUCUACGGAAGGGCAGCGUGGAGGGUGUGGGUGCGUGAUGGUGCUGUGCCCACCGAGAGGCGUAUUGAUGACUGCCUCGCCUUCCCUCCCGUAGUGAUGAAAAUAAACAAGGAAAGACAAUGGAGUGAAAGUUUAGAUAAGCAGACUGACGCUUGGCAUCGUUUGUCUCCGUGGCAUGUGGCGUGACGACGUGUGUAUGUCUCUGUGUGUACGUGUGCCCGUGUGCACGAACGACAGGGUCAGCGGACACCCGUUGCGUAAUGGUGUCGGCGGCUCCCCGACCUCGUGGUGACGGCCUGAGCCUCGCGGCGGUCUGCUGCUGACUGUGACGAAAGAAAAGUCCCUGCACGCCCACGCGCCCUCGUCAUGGCCUCGGGCUGGCGGCUGGACUGGCGGGGCUCCUCGGGGUCCCUGUGGAGUCGCAGUCGAGGCCACGGCGGCCCCGACAGCCUGGACCUCCUGAACGGCUCGCCCCACACCCCGGCCUCCCCCGCCCCGGCACGCAGCCGCCGCAAUGGCUCCUUACGCAAGAGGUUCCGCUCCUUGACGGAAGGCAUCGCCGGCCUCCUGGCGGGCGACAAGAAGGAGAAGGAGCCGGACAACACGGACAACAAGGGCAUUGUCAGGCCAGCCAAUUUCCGUCCCUUCGACCACUCGCGGGACAUGAUGGCCGCCGACCUGUGGCCUGAGCCCAGCCUGCGGGGCAGUGCCGCCAGCCUCGCCGCCUUCAGCAGGGACAGGGACGCGUCGCCCUCCCUGCCGUCACGGGCCGGCUCCCGCCAGGGGCGCGCCCUGCCCCACACCCCCGCUGCAGACGCCCACAACGAAUGCAACAACACGGCGGGGUCGGCGGGCCGCAGGACGCCCACGGGCCCCGUCAAGGCCCCGCCCAGCCCGCCGCCCCGCAGGUUCUCGCUUUGGGCCAUGGACGUGCAGUACGCCCAUAACCAGUACUGCCCCGCCCCGCCCAGCCCAGCCCCCAGCGCCCCCGCCAGCCUCCAGCAUGCACAGUCGCCGCCGCCGCCGCUUCCAGCCCGCAGCCCGCCCUCCCCGUGCCCCCCCAAGGCCCCACCCGCGCCCCACCUCCGCGGCAACAGCACGCCGCCCCGCUCCCCCCACACCCCGCGGCGGCAGGCCUCCCCGCGCUGCGUCACGCCUCCCGGGGGAGGCCCCAACGCCCCCGUGGGCUCCCCGGUCAUGCGGUGCCGCAGCCUCUCCGACAGCAAGGUGGAGGGCCGUGGCAGGGCCUCCAGCAGGGCCGCCUGGUACCGGCGCAAGUCCCAGGCACGGAGACACGCCCACACACCCGUCCAGGGCAGCGGCUGCGUGGUGGCCCGCACGGUGGCCGUCCUGCUGGAGAAGGAGGAGAACAGCUUCGGCUUCACGGUGCGGGGCGGCGUCUCGCUCGACCCCUCCAAGACGCGGCCGCUGGUCAUCACCCACGUCAGGCCGGGCGGACCAGCGGACAGGGAGGGCACCAUCAAGGCCGGGGACCGCGUGGUGGCUGUGGACGGCCGUGACCUGACCCGCUGCAGUCUGAAGGAGGCCCAGGAGCUGCUGCAGAGGCUGGAACGCGCCGCCACCCUCACCAUCGAGUAUGAUGUGUCGGUGAUGGAGAGCGUGAGGGCGUCAGGAGGGCCGCUGCUGGUGGAGAUUGAGAGGGCAGCGGGGACGUCCCUGGGCCUCACGCUGACCCACGCCCACCCCGAGCCCAGCACCAUCCUCAUCGAGACCAUCAGACCAGCGAGUAUUGCCGAGAGGUGCGGCGCCUUGGCGGUAAACGACGUGGUGGCGGCGAUAGACGGAACUCGGGUGGACCAGAUGACGGUGGCUGAGGCGGCGCAGCUCCUCAAGACGGCGCCCGGGACCCACGUGACGCUGGAAAUCAUACCCGGACCGGCGGCACAGAGCAGGAUACCCUUCUGUAGAGGUGGAGGUGUGGCUUUUCCGCAUCUCUAUGGCGUAGUGGGCAGCAGCAGCGGGUACAACAGCAGUGGAGGUGGAGGUGGAGGUGGUGGAGGAGGUGGCAGUGGGUAUCUGUCUCCUGGCUCCUCGUACAACACUCUUGCCUCUCAGCGGACGCGUUCCUCGGCCGCUCGGAGGGUCAACAGGAGAACUAGACCUGGAGAGCGCCCUGAUGCUGGGGGCAGUGCUGGGGGUGCCGGUGUGUGCCAUCAAGAGUGCCUAACGGUGACGCUGGUGGUGGAGGGCCGAGGGUAUGGGCUGGUGCUGCGGCCGCCCCCACACCCAGCCGACCCCGACACAGCGCUGCCCGUCGUGGCUGCAAUGGAUCCAGGCGGGCCGGCGGAUAAGUGCAGCGUGAUGUGUGUGGGUGACCGCAUCAUGGGGGUCAACGGGCGCAGCGUGUCGGGUCUCGGGGUCAGCGAGGUCACGCAGAUGAUCGCCAACUCUCGGCCCACCGUCACUCUGGACCUGGAGUUUGACGUGGCGGACUCGGUCGUUCCCUCGUCUGGCACCUUCGCCGUCAAGCUGGCCAAGAGACAUAAUGGACUUGGUAUUACCCUGACUGUGUCGCGUCGAGCUGGUGCCGGGGAGCCCUUACUGAUCAGCGAGGUGGUGCGGGGGUCGCCAGCACACCGCUCGGGCACCAUGCAACCCGGUGAUCGACUCCUGGCUAUCGACUCAACGCGCCUCGAACACCUCACGCUCGACGAUGCCAAGUCCAUCCUGAACUGCUGUGAUGACAUAGUGACGCUUAGGGUGCAGAAGGAUGAGCUCUAUUCUGCUGAGGAGAAUGGCGGCCUAGUGAUGUACACGGUGCAGCUGGUGCGUCACGGCGGUGCGCUGGGCAUCACCAUCUCCGGCAGCGAGGAGCCCUUCGACCCUAUCUACAUCGCUGGCCUGGCGCCGGGUGGGUUGGCAGACCGGACAGGUGCUAUACACGUGGGCGACCGACUCUUGGCCAUCAACGGCGUGUCACUGCGCGGGAAGCCACUCAGCGAGGCCAUCCUGAUGCUGCAGAACUCGGGCGACACCGUGACCCUCAAGAUCUCCCGGCCCAGAGACUCAGGAGUCCCGAGUGAUGAGCUAGGCCGCAACGACUGGCUGGGACGCUUUGGGCCGGCGAUCCCCUCGGUGGACUCGGCCGUGGAGUCUUGGGACAGCUCCGGUCUUGACCCUCCCCCGCCCGGCUCCACGCCUGCACUGUCCAAGAGAGACUCAGGCUCGGACAUUGUGUUCAGAUCAGACUGCGGCAGCACUGUGAAGCGUCGAGCUGGGCUGGAGGGCAGAGAUGAGGUGGCUGGGACUGGCGACACAGACAGCACAGAGGUCAACAAGAGGUCACACGAAGAGGAUGCGGAGGAGUCCUGGAGGUCGCCAUCACCUCCGCCCUCCAUAGACAGUGGGCAGUCUGAGGACAAAACCGACUGGGACAAGAUGAUCGCCGACCUUAACCAGAUCAGUGAGAGCUGUGGGCUGAGGGAGCGGCCGCACACGCCCCCCACCUCACACCUCCCUCACACACACACAGCGUCGCCAACACAACAUCAAAAAGAUUCUCACGUCAACGGUAUGGAUGCGAGUCUCUGCCCGACACUCGGUACACGGAGGAGGGUGCCAGCAGGAGGAGGAGGAGGAGGAGGAGGAGGAGGAAAAGGAGGAGGAGGAGACCCUGCUGACGUGAAGGAGGAAGGGAGUUACUCUGUUAGUCAAGCCACCCUCAACUUUGCACGGAUGACCUCGCCUUCGCCUGAUGGUGCGCAGGUGUACCAGGUGUCGCUACAUAAGGACUGCAUCUACGAGGACUUCGGGUUCAGCGUGUCGGACGGCCUCUACGAGAAGGGCGUCUACGUCAACCGGAUAAGGAAGGGCGGCCCGGCGGACAGGUCUGGGGUGCUGAAACCCUACGACAGGAUCCUGCAGGUAAACGACACCAGGACCCACGACUUCGACUGCUGCCUCACCGUGCCCCUGAUGGCUGCCGCUGGUGACCGCCUGGUGCUGGUGGUGUCUCGGAGCCCCCACGCGCACCCCACACUCGACUUCUCCUCCGACAUCCUCGCCUCGGCCUGGAACAACAUCGAGGAAGGGAAGGAGGAUGCGGAGGAUUGUGACGACUUGAGUGGUGGGGGCCUGUACUCCUCCCCUCUCACUCCCUCCCUCACUCCCAUCCCUACCGUUCUGAAGACACUCUGAACCCCACUCCCUCACGCCCUUACUCCCGUCCUCUUCCUCCUCAACCUCCUCUUCCUCUCAAGGCACUGUGAAUCUAGUGAAUGUAAUGUUUUCUGUAGCAAGGGAGACCAACACAGAAGAGGGAACAAAAAAGUCUACUUAACGUUAUUCCAGCAUAAAAGAAGACAGUCCGAGUGGCCGAAAGAAAGGGUCAGACUUGGUUGCGUGAACUGAACUAUAUCCCCCUUUCUCUCCCUCUCUCUCUCCUUCCCUCCCUCACUUUUUAUUUAUGCGAUUGUAAGACACCGUGAGGUAUACAUGAAUAGAAGAGACAGAUGAGAGAGGGCGUAAAGGUCAAGUUGGGAGCAUACGCUAUAGCUGCGCGUGGCCUCAGUGCUCAUCUCCGUCACAUGCCCCCUUUAGUCUAUGGCGGAAAGGAACCCAUCGCCCCGGGACACAGAAGGGGAGUGAAGAUAUUAAAAGGGAGCAUUUGAAUAAGAACUUGAGACUCUUCUGUUGUAUCCACCCCCUUUAAUAUGAAGUCCAGGAGGGAACGAGGCAUCAUGACCACAAGUGAAUAGACAGACAGACAUGAGGGAGUAAGGAAGCAGAGGAAAUAUCAACCACUAAGGAGAGAGUGUAUCAUCCUGUAUCUUCCUUGGUGGUGUGUGUGUGUAUGUGUGUGUGUCUUAUUUUUUACAGCAAAGGAAGUGAUUCAAGAGCAAAAAGAAAAAAUGAAGACAAAAAAGCCUGCUAUCCACUUCACCUGUUAAAAGAAGUAUUGAUGAGUUGCCAAGAAAGAGGUCAAUUUCAAGAGGAGAGGUGUCGCUACUCCUCUUUAGAACUACUUAGAACAUUGAUAUGAAUGAGUGAACGAAGUAGCGAGUCCAAGGUCUUCCGCAGCAACCGUUUUCGUGCAUCAACAAACAAUUUACGUGGAACUAUGAAGUAGAUUUGAUGUGUGCAAAAGCUAUAGACAUUCACUCUUUUUUAUUCUAUUUUACUCUCCCACAGUUCUCAUGUGUCUUAGGAUUCAAAGCAAAUGUUUUUCAUAUGAGAGGAAAGGACCCACGGAACCCAAUGCAGUCUUGCCAAUCUGGUUACAUAUAGCCAUGUGAGUGCGAGAGAGGUCGUGUUAGGGAAGGUUAGGAGAGAAAACUUGCCAAACGAUGCUCAUGAUAUUUUUACACAGAAUCUCUCGUUUUAUAAAGUUGAAUGACAGUGCCUUUUCCUCCCACUACUUGGUGUUGAGGCUGAAGAAUCUUUUGUGCCUUGUAUUAGGGAUGAAAGAGUAAAGAUGCUGUUGACUCUUGUAUUAGGGAUGAAAGAAUGAAGAUGCUGAGUAACUCUUGCAUUACGAAGUUGGACAGCACAGGAAUGAAAGAUUGCAGAUGCUGGUUGACUCUUGCAUUACGAAGUUGGACAGCACAGGAAUGAAAGAUUACAGAUGCUGAUUAACUCUUGCAUUACGAAGUUGGACAGCACAGGAAUGAAAGAUUGCAGAUGCUGGUUGACUCUUGCACUAGGUGAGGUCAGAGAGGCUGGAUCUGUUCGUGUAGAGGCAGUGUGAGGGAGGAGGGGUGAGGUUGAACUAGUGUCUUUUUGUACAGAAGUGAGGUUAAAGAAGCAAGACCUGAUUGUGUGGAGCAGUGUAAGGGAGGACUGGAAAGGAGAAGCUAGAUUUGUAUAUUUUUAUAUGGCAGGAAGGUUACAAAAGAUGGAUAUGUUUGUAUGAGGCUGUGUAAGGGAAAGUUAGAGAGGGUAAUCUUGUGUCUUUUUAUACAGAUCUGAGGUUAGAAAAGGUUAAAGGACUCGACCUGUUUGUAAGGAGACUAUUUAAGGAAGGAGUGAAGAUGUUAAACUUGUGUCCUUUUAUACAGUGAUGAGGUUUGAAAAGAUUAGAGGAGCUUGACCUGUUUGUAAGGAGACUAUUUAAGGAAGGAGUGAAGAUGUUAAACUUGUGUCCUUUUAUACAGUGAUGAGGUUUGAAAAGGUUAAAGGACUCGACCUGUUUGUAAGGAGACUAUUUAAGGAAGGAGUGAAGAUGUUAAACUCGUGUCCUUUUAUACAGAGAACUAGACCUGUAUGUGGAGGCUGUGUAGCGAAAAAGGGUGAACUUGUGUCAUUUUUAUACAGAGCUGAGGUUUAAAAAGUUACACAGACCUGUUUGUGUGGAAGCUGUAUGAGGGAGGAGUGUCGAGGGUGAACGUCAGUCAUUAUAUACCGCGGGAAGGAUAGAAAACCUAGACCUGUUGUGUGGGGGCUCUGUGGGUAAGGCUAGCGAGGGUAAUCUUGUCAUUUUUUAUACAGAACUAAGGUUAGAAGAGCUGACUGUGUGGAGGCUGUGUGAGGGAGGUGUGGAGAAGGUGAACUAGUGUCUUUUUAUACAGAGCUGAGGUUAGGAAAGCUAGACCUGUUUCUUUAUCACACAGAAUCCCUUAAGUAGAAGGUUAUGUGAGGGGAGACUCAGAAAGGUAAACACAUGUAGCUACCAUCUUUUUUAUACAGAGGUAAAGUUAGAAGAGUUAGAUCUGUUUCUCUACUGUACAGAAUGCCUUAUAUAGAUGAGGAGAGGAUCAGAAAGGCAAGCUUGUAUCUUUAUCAGCAGAAUGAGGGUCGAAAGAGCUAUAUCUGUUUCUUUACUAUUCAGAAUGCCUUAUAUAGAAGCCCAAAUGAGGAGACAAUCAGAGAGGCAAUCUUGUAUCUUUAUCAACAGAAGGAAGCUCGGAAGAUCCAGCUAGACCCGUUUCUUUAUCAUACAAAAUGCCUUAAGUAGGAAGUCAAGUGAGGAAAGGUACAUAAGGGCAAAUUUGCAUCCUUUUAUAAGGUUGGAGGAACUUGCUGUUGUCCGACGUCAAAAUAAAGUCAGUUUGGGUGGGGCCCAUGGAGGUAGAAUUGGUGGAGUCGACGUGGCUUGCUAAUCCCAUUCAUUGAGGUGAAGCCGACGAACUGUCAAAUUUACGGCCAAAAGAUGGGGGUGGGCGAGCCUGGCCGAGCCCAUUAAGAGGGAGCCUGACCUGACAACACCUGACACCUGGCCGUAAAAAUGACAGCUCGGGCGGAUUCACUUAAUUGGGCUGAUGUCGACUCCACCAAUUCUACCUCCAUGGUGGGGCCGGAACCUCCUCACAGUGUUGCCACAUCACCCCCGAAUACAUUAGUCUCUCCCUCAUCGAUCAUCUCCGUACUAUUUGAAGUUGUGUAUCGAAUAUUCUGCAUACAUUUAGUAGGAUUUGGCAGCAGCGUUGUGGCCAGGGAACUCCUUGAGCGCCUCCCCGCCCAAAUUGGCUUCCUAGCUGAGUCACACCCACUGUUAAUUAAUAUAUCUCCAUAGACAGAAUCCUUAUACGCAGACUAAAACAUUUACAACUUCAGGGAAAGGUAACAUGAUGCCUUAUUUAUAUAUACUUGUAGUGUUUAUAAUAUGCAGAUACUAAUCCAGCUAAGUAAGUAGUAGUUUUUUAUAUAUAUAUAUAUAUAUUACCACGUGCAGGAAGAUGAAGUAACUACACAAUUAUUGGCAUGGAACUUUACUUAAUGUAUGAAGAGAAAUGUAAAUAAAGUGCACCUUAUUAU